GGCAAAGUGGUGGAUGGUUCAGUAAGGUCUGCAGCGGCCAGCUGGACAGAUAUUUGGGAGACGAACACUGAGUAAAGUGCAAAAUGAUAAACACCUGUGUCUGAUUGCAGUAACUGGCGUGGAGAGAUCGGAUAAAAAGCCACCGGAGAACGGCAAGGUGGAAAAACAGACUGGACUGAGAGCUUGUGCAUGCUUCUCCCAAUAGCAGGAAGUGGUGGUGUGAUGAUCUCCAGAGCAGCUGGUGUGUGUUUGGGGCUGAUGUGUGUUCUUCUGAUGACUGCAGUCAUAGUGUUGUGUGUCACCUUCACUCAAGAGAGACAAGAGAGACUUGAUCUUCAGAAGAAGUUUGCGGAUGGUUGGAAGUGUCAUCAAUCCAGUAUUUACUACUUUUCCUCUGAGAUGAAGAACUGGGAUGAGAGCAGAAGAUACUGUACAGAGAGAGAAGCAGAUCUGAUCAUCAUCAACAACAGAGAGGAACAAGAUUUUGUGAAGAAUAUUUUUGGUUCUGAUGAUUUCUGGAUUGGUUUGACUGAUAUUGAAGUGGAGGGCAGAUGGAAAUGGGCUGAUGGCAGCACACUGACCUUUAAGUUCUGGGCGUCUGGAGAGCCAAACGACUAUCAGGGAAACGAAGACUGUGCUAUGACUCGUUCAUCAGGAUGGUUUGAUACUCAAUGUGAUCGUAGUCUUAAAUGGAUCUGUGAGAAGAGAAUAUAGUACAUAUUAUAAUACAAAUGUACAUAUAUGCAUUAUAAACAAAUAAAUAUGUCAGUAAUUUUACCUGUUUAUUUUUUAUUUUUUUGAAUGGCACAUUAAGUUAUUCUGUAAGAACAAAUAAAAAAUAAAUAUAAAAAAACAUUGUAAUAUAAAAAUUUUCAUAUCUAACUUUUUAAAAUAAUUUUGUUUAGAAUUUUUAGAUCUGAACUAAAAUCUGAAUGUGAAAAACAACAGCGAUGUUUCUACAGACUGAAAUACACUAAUAUAGAAAUAUUCAUAAAAAAUACCAAAAUGAUCAUGAUUUUAGGAGUAUUUCUCAGUACAUCAGUAAAGUUUGAUUUGAACUGUGACUCUUUUUUGUAAUAACAGUAUGACAAUAAACCUACUUGAAGAUGAUAUAUUUCCUGAACCACGUGAAGAUGAAAAUAAAUGGAAAAUCAUAUAAA